CAAUUGUGACAUCCGUCUAGCAACACAAGAAUCAAACAACAUCCACAUUCAAGCCAACACCAACCCACCACAACCAUGCACGCCACAGGCCUCUUCCUCUCCCUCCUCUCCAUCACCUCCGUCCUCGCGCACCCUCCGCGCUACCCAACAACCACAGCCGCAACAGUGACCCCCACAGCCUCACCCUUCCCCACCGUCGUGGUAUUCGUCGAGAACCGGCAAUCCGGCGCGUACAAGACCGCCGCGGUGCCUAUCAACGGGCAAAAAGAGACCUUCGGCCAGCUGUACGGCAAUUCCAUCACCGGCAACGCCGUGGGCUACAACGGCGGCGCGCCCACCAAUGUUACCGUGCAAUUCGGCCCGCCCGGCCACAGGAAGCAGUACACGCUUGGUCAGGCGCCGACAGUCAUCUCGGCGACGAACGAUCCGCUGAAUUUGGCGGAUUGGUUGAUUAGUGCAUCGUUUGAUUGAGGGAGAGUGGACGCGGUAAUGGGAAGGGGCCGGAGGAGACUUAGUUUGUUUGGGGAGUUUUGAAGAUGGGAAUCCUUCGGGAGUCGGUGUGCAUUGGCAGGCUUCGAUUCGGCGUUUGGGGCGUGCAGGCUGCAGAGUCGGCUGAGAUGUAAAUAUACCUAGUAGAUCAACAUAGUUAUAAGCUCCUUCGUAUCUAAACGAAGCGAUCACGAUACGAGUUUCACUUCAGCUCGGACUUAUUGCUGUCACGUAAUGUCGCGAGGAGUAAUGUAUCUUGUGCAGUCAUCUCAGCGGUUUAGGAGGUCUAAUAAAGACAUCAGAUAGGCAAGAUGGCCCAGCUGAGGCUCCCGGUCGAGCGUCAAGGGGGUCUAUCCAGGAGGUGCCCUUUCGGACUCGGGACAGCGAUGAGUAGAUUGCCGAAUGCGAUGUGCAUGCGGUCUUUCAAUGCCUGCACAAGGCAAUUCGAGUCGAGUUGGCGAG